AUGCAGAGUACGAUACGGUCUACGGUCUACAGUCUACGCUACAGUGAUCUUCGGAGAACUGGUGCACAGCAGCAGAGCAGUUCGACAACAGUGAACACGAAGCACGAUGCAGUGCAGAAUCAGUCGGUUUCAUGUAGAUUCGGUCGAUUGAAAGUUGAACCGACCGAGUUCAGUUCGGUACAGUCAUUUACUAAUGUUGCCAUUUUAUCGUUGACUUUGUCAUUGCCAUUGUCGUUGCCAUUGCCAUUGCCAUUGCCAUUGCCAUUGCCAUUGCCAUUGCCAUUGCCAUUGCCAUUGCCAUUGUCAUCGACAGUUGCCAGACUCGACAAGUUGAAUCUACGAGUGUGUUUCCUUGCGGCAGAAGUGCUUCCCUACGAAAUCGCGGACGAUCGGUUAGCGUUGCUGGUGCAACAUCCUUUUUGGAGAUGCGACAACCGAACCACGAUGAGAGACGGGACGAUUACAACGCGUGCCGAUGUUUACGCUCAAGAAAUUCCUGACACGUCUGACAGCGUGAUCGUGACCAGCGAUUCGACGUUGCUACAGGCUUCUAUACCCCUGAUGGACUACGAUGCAACGACCGAGGAAGGACACGCGUACGGUCGCGCGCGUGCUCACGUGCACGCGCGCGCGCACGAUUACGGCGACGGAGCCGAAGACGGUGACGGUGACGGUGACGGUGACGACGACGACGGUGACAGCGACGGUGACAGCCUCGGCAAAUCCACCGACUCGGUGACCGCACCUAGACCACCUAGCGCGCGUCCAGCGGCCGAUGAUAAACCGUUCGCUUUGACUUUGAAUUCCGAUGCUACCGACGAUGCUUCCGGUAUCGACGAUUAUACCGAAACGAUCGAGAACGACGUCUGCGACGCGGGCCCGAUAGCGCGUGCCGUCGCUGUAUCGAUAUCCGGACCCGAAUUCGAGUCGAUAACGGACGGCCGUUCGCGAACGAAGACCCAGCCGAGGAUCUCUCGAAUCCAGAGGAACGGAAUCGACUCGGACAAAAUGAAAUCCGUCGUUGAACGCAACGACAACUCUCGCGUCGUCGAUUGUAUUUAUUUCACGCAGCAGUGUUGCGAAUGCGUGAUAUUUUAAUUCAGUUGCCCUGUCGCUCGCCGUUCGAAGCUACGCGUAACGCGAUGCUCGGAUCGUAACGUAGAAUCGAGAGUAUUAUCGAACGAACGUACGCUUCCCAGAAGCAAUAAUUCAUACACAUACGUCGCGCGACCCCCGGCUAACCGUUACGUAGCAUAUAUAGCACAACGCGUACUCGAUUCGGAAUACCGUAAUUAUUUAUUACACAAAAUUGCUAGCUUUCCAAUCGAUAGAUCGUCGUUAUUGUUAUUAUUCUUAAAAAACGAUAAAUCGAGUACAACUUAAACGAGGCAAGUACUUGCUGUGUACCGGAUCGUUUGUUCGGAUGUUCGAUUCGAAUCGGUUUGUGCCAGCAUCGACGGUGCGCUUCACAUUUUUACUAAAAAGUAAUAUGUAGUUUGUUCGUAAGAUCUAACAAAUAAUUCGUAUAGAAAUUUCGAAAUAAAACAAGCCUUUUCUUUAUAUUUAACAAAAGUGUAAAAUUAAUUUAAUCGUUGCAAGCGAGUUUUACGAGCAACUAUAAGAUGCAUAUUUUUAGUUUUUCGAAAUCUAUAAAAGCCAAUGGGGAAGAGAUCAAAGUUCUGUGUUUAAUGUAGAGGAAAUUCUCGUGUUUCCGGUCUACCCAUCUUUGCGCGCAGAGGUGCUUCCUCGCGAGUCGAAGAGAGACGAGGAGUCGCGAAUCCCCCCGCAUCGACGCGAUCGACUUAACGGACUCGGAUCGAACUACUUAUGUACAUUGCGCGUCGUCCAGGACCGAUCAAGGAGUAUAUAUUAUACGUAAAUACACGCGAGUAUAUACAUACGUUGAUGUGUACAGCUUUCAUGAAAUUUCAUGAAAUUUCAUCCAUCCGAAAAUUGUAAUUUAUACGAUAUCGUCCGAUAGAAGAAGUUCGUGAAAAAAUAGCCCAACUGCCAACGACGCGUGUCAAUUUUAUAGGGGCGCGUUCGCCUUUAGGACAUAGCACUAGCACUGUGUUUCGAUACAGUCGUUCGUUUUACAGCGACUAUGUAUUUACACAAAUUAUCGACACGGUGUAACAUUCUUCGAAAUACGUAUAUGUAUGUAUGUGCGAUACAAUAUCGGAAAGAAAUUCCGAAAAAGGCGGAGAAUUACGCAUGAAUCGAGGAUAUUUUUGAAAGCGAAAAUAUGCCAGAUUUUUCAAAACGAACAAUCUACGUAUCGAUCGAUUCUUUAUUUUCUAACUAUAUUGCUAGCAAAAUGUUCAAUUUCUCGAUAUAGAGCAAAAAUGUGCCGGUGAAAGUUGUUCGAGGAUCGUCGAGGGUACAAAAUAUGUCUAAUAUGUUUUUGAAUAUAAUAUAAUACGAUACGAUAUAAUAAUUGUGCGACGAUACAAAUGCAACACGAUCGAGUAAUCUAAAAGAGAUAUAGAUAUAAAUGAAUCGUGUAAUAUGUAACGGUUGGAAAACGUUUGAACCACAUAUUUUCUAUUACUCGUGAUUGGAUAACGAAAUUCAUGGCGAAGGAUGUCCGAUAUAAUGUUCUAAAAGCGUAUGUACAUAGCAAUGGGACACUUGCCUUACUACAUUCGACGCGCGCGCGCGCGCGCGGUACAUUCUAAUUAUACGUACUUGUAUAUUUCAGACAUUUUCACUACGUAAGAAAGAAAUAAUUUACGACAGUUUUUGUAAAUAAAGAUGUUUCUUUAUACAAGACGAAUCUCGGAGAUAUUGAGACUGCUCUAUAUUUUUUUCUUUUAUGCUAAUAGAUCGAUCGUAAAGUUCAAAUAUUUUUACUUAAUUUAUUACUAUUUACUGUCCGGCGAUGAAAUGGAUUUUAUCGGUUAAUUUUGUAGAAAUUCAAAGUAGCUAAUAAGAAAAUUAAACUCUGUGCAAUAGCAAUUUAGUUAAAGAAGGCAGCUAUUCCAAAACCGUAACGUAUGUCGCACGUAAGUUUCUAUCUCCUAAGAUGAAAUAUUAACAACUGUACACAGUCCGAAGCGCUAUUUACAAAUUAAGCAACUAUACAUUUAUGUGAUAUACGUUUAGAAAAUGUAAAGAACAAAGUAUUUUAAUCUAUGGACCGAUCCUUUGUCAUCUGCCUUGAAACUAUCCACGAUAGAAGCUUCGAUGUUCCCUGUUGAUAUUUUUCUACGAAAGUGUGUGCAAUAAAUAAAAACUACGCUGA